AUGAUACUAAAUGAUCUAGGUCGCGGUGGUUUCAAUAAUAACCAAGGUCCUCCUUCUGAAGUUGUUGUCGCUGGUUCUUUUGUGAGUGCUUGUGAAGGAGAAAUGGUCUGCAAACUCAGUAAUGCUAAAGUGCCCUUUUUCAAUGCACCCAUUUACCUUCAAGACAAGACACAAAUUGGUAAAAUUGAUGAAAUCCUCGGUCCUUUGAACGAAGUUUUCUUUACUGUCAAAAUGCAAGAUGGACAAACUGCCUCUAAUUUCAAAGUGGAUGAUAAAGUAUACAUUGCUUUAGACAAACUUUUACCUAUGGAUCGAUUCUUACCUAAACCUAAGGUUGCUGGAAAAGCUUUUAAGCCUACUGGUCUUCAGGGCAAGGUUGAAAAGAAAUCAAAGCCUGCUGGUGGUCGUGGUGGCUUUGGUGGUGGUGGCCGCGGUGCUCCUCGUGGUGGUAGAGGCGGAUUUGGCGGCGGAUUUGGCGGCGGCGGAUUUGGUGGCGGCCGUGGUGGUGCUUCCCGUGGUGGUGGUAAUAGUCGAGGUGGUAAGUCACAUGGAUUGAAAAGAAAAAGAUGGACUAAAAGCAUUCUAUAG